GUAAUGCGGCAGCUCUCAUAGGCCAAUGGGGCCGUCCCAUAGAGUGCUCUCAUCAUUGACUUGUAUGGCAUCAACACAAUUGUUGCCUCGCCCUUGGGUGGCUUUUGACACUCUCUUGCCUCCUUGGGACGGAGACAGCCAGCUGGUUUGUCCAUAGGAUUCGGUGCUAGGCCAGCCAGAAAGCUCUAAAAUGCAUCAGGUGUCUGCUGGUGGUGCGCAGUAGGAUUGCACAGGUUGUUCUCCGCAGUUGAUGCCCCCAGCAAGGUAGACAGGUACUUAAAGCAGCAAGCUCCGAGUUCUGGGAUCAGGCCCUUUGGCCCAUGCCCGACCUGACCUGCCUCCUACGUCCCACGUCCUGCCUUCCCAGAAGAGACGGUCACUGCUCCCACAGACGCACCCCUCCGACAUGGCUUCGGCAACAGGAAUACCAGAGCACCCAUCGGGGAGCAACCGCGAGGCAGGAGAGUCUGAGCCUCUGCUCGGCCGGCCAGGAGAUGCCCUCCAGAAACCAGAAGAAUCAAUAUUUCACAACCUUUACCGAGGUGCACAUGCCUUCCUCGACCCGCCCGUCUUGCUUGCGUUGCCUGACAGCUGCUGACUUACACGACCACCCGUAUAUAGGAACCGGCUGGUUAGCCCAAGGCGGCGCCAUCCUCCUUGUCGCCCUCGUCUGGUCUGCCGUCUUUGAGCAUCCGCCGCUCAUCCCCCUCUUCAGCCCCCACCCGCUCCUCCAGAGUGUCGGCGUGCUCGUCCUGGCCGAGGCUAUUCUCAUUCUCCAACCGACCUGGACCGCUGGCGAGAAAGUCGUCGGCGCUCGUGCCCACGCCUCGCUCAAUUUCCUGUCCUUCCUGAUCUUCGCAGCCGGUGUCUUGAUCAUCGAGGCAAACAAGAUCAAGCAAGGCCCUGGCAGCCACUUCCAUUCCGUGCAUGGCUACCUGGGCGUCCUCACAAGCGUGAUCCUGCUGGUGCAAUAUGUGUUCGGGUUCCUGAUGUGGGGGGUUCCGGGCGUGUUCGGCGGCAUUGACAACGCAAAGGCAUUGUGGAAGUACCACCGCAUCAGUGGAUACCUGCUGUUCCUUCUGAUCCUGGCCACCGUCAUCAGCGCAGUGUGGACUGAUUUCAACGUCAACGUGCUGAAGAUCAGGCUGUGGGCAGUCAUUGUCUCCAUCGCCCUGAUCGUCCUUGGCGUCUACCCGAGGCUCCAUCCCAGGAAGCUUGGCUUCAACAUUGGUCGUCAUUGACAGGUGCGACGGAGGAGGUCGAUUUCGAGGAACUGAGUGCUGUUGGGUGGCAUUGAGGCGCCAAGUUUAUUUGUAGGCCUUUGCGAUGAAUUAUGUCUGACCGACUUCGUGACGCGGUUCGCCGCUCUUUUCUCUUUUGAACGCAACUUCAGUUUGGAUACUGCGAGGUCUAAUUCGUCUCUUUUCAUACCCGACUGGCAUCGUGCUUCGGGGUUGGGAGGCUGCUAGCACGUAAUGGUUGAACUAUUCGCGUUGGAUUUCGACAGCGAGAGAGAUACAGUCUUGCGCACGCACACACACGCACAGUUUCAUAGCAAGCUGGAGUAAAGCGGUACUUGUGAUUAUUCUGCUUCAUGACGGCUGGAGAGGAGCUGUAAGAUGACGCGGCUUCACGGCUAUGGUUCGAAUAGACUCCGAAUUCACCAGUUGAGA